AUGUCUCUUUUGAAAAGUUUGUUAUCAAAGAAUGGUGAAUCACUAUUGCGUACCAGUAUGAAUAAAACAGCAAUUUCAAGAUUAUUUAUCACCAAACUGCAUCUUCAACCUACUCGAUGUAACUCCAUUUUACAUACACCACAAAAUAGUAUAGGUAACGUUGAUCAAGGUGUAAAGUACACAACUGAUUUUAGGAAUUAUGCGAUCAAUAAGGAAAAUGGAGAAGUUUUAUCUUAUUUUCAUGACAUUCCUUUGGAUUUAGACUUAGAAACCAAGACAGCGAAUAUUGUGGUUGAGAUUCCACGAUGGUCCAAUGGAAAGUUUGAAAUAAACACCGAAUUGGCUGGCAAUCCUAUCACACAGGAUGUUAAGAAGGGAAAGGUGCGUUUUGUUAAAAACUUAUUCCCAUACCAUGGAUACAUUCAUAAUUAUGGAGCUUUCCCGCAGACAUGGGAGGAUCCAAAUACGAAGAACGAAGAGUUAGGCUUAUUUGGAGACAAUGAUCCAUUGGAUGUGUGUGAAAUUGGGUCUAGUAUUUGCCAAACUGGUGAUAUCAAGCGAGUCAAGAUCUUGGGGUGUUUAGCAUUAAUAGAUGAUGGCGAAUUGGACUGGAAAGUUAUCGUAAUCGAUACUAAUGAUGCAUUAUCACAAGAACUUCGUGAUAUCCAUGAUGUGUAUGUUAAAUGUCCUGGGUUACUAGAAUCUACUAGACAAUGGUUCCGUGAUUACAAAAAGCCCGAUGGAAAGCCUGAAAAUGAGUUCGCUUUCAAUGGAAAAUACAAAAACCAACAGGAAACAAUAGAGAUUAUUAAGGAAUGUAAUGCUUCGUGGCAGAAGUUGAUCAAUGGACAAGUGACCAGUGGAAAGAUUCCUAAAACCGAAAAUGUCACCUUUACAAAUAGUCCUGGACAUGUUUCAAAGUUCGAUACUCAAAUUCUGUUAGAAAAUUCUUCCAAGCCUGCCGCUGAAAUUCCCUCAGAAGUUGACAAGAUCUAUUUCUGUGGAGGCGACUAG